AUGGACGACGACGCGGGAACGACGGGCGGGGCGGGACGCGCGUUCGAAGACGCCGCCGACGGGGGGUUGAUCGACUCGCAAUACGAGGACGCGGACGUCCCGCGCGAUGCGAGGUACGGUGAUAUGGGCGUGAUCGAGCGCGAGGCCGCGCGGAGGACGCGACGGGGGCGUCGCGGGCGAGGUCGAGGAGGAGAAGCCGAGGGCGCGCUGGGACACACGUACAUUCGCGUGUACGAAGACGGAAACGACGCGCGCGGGGGAGGCGCGUCGACGCGGAACGGCGGCGCGCAGAGAUAUAGGACGGUUACGGUACCGAUACCCACGCGAGUGCGAGUGCCGAUGGAACCGGCGAGCGUUGGACCGGCGCCGCGAGCGCAGAGACGAGGACACUCGCCGCUGCCGCCCAUCGAAACCACGGGUGGUGACUUGUUCGGACUUGGAACCGGCUACUCGUAUUACAUCGAUCCCGCCGAUUGGGCGUAUCCACCAACGGUAGUCGUAGAGUUGCCCGAGGGCGUCGAGUUCGCGGACGCCGAGUUGUUCGCGCGCGGCGCGAGCGAGCAUCCGCCGAACGAAGCCGGGCUCGUCAUGCGAGUGAACGGACAGCGAACGAGCCCGAAUACCUUGGUGAAAAAUUUAGAUGUGCUCGAAAUUGACGCACAAGCUCACAACGUUCUGAACGAUGUACGCACGGUGGUAUUGCGAUACACGUGGCGCGAUCCCGGCGCGGGCGGCGCGCGCAAGCAACGACGGGGUUUGAUUAGACUGAACACCAACGGAGAUGCGAGGACGGGUGAGACGCAGCCGCAUAGAUGGCCAAUCGUCGAGCAUCCGGACACUCCAUCGGUGCCAGCGCCGAAUGUGCCAGCGCCGACGCCAGGGACAUAUGUGCCAGCGCCGAAUGUGCCAGCGCCGACGCCAGGGACAUAUGUGCCAGCGCCGGAUGUGCCAGCGCCGGAUGUGCCAGCGCCGGAUGUGCCAGUUCCGGCGCAAGCACCGAAUGUACCAGCACCGAAUGUGCCAGCGCCGACGCCGGCUUAUUUUGCUCCGCCUAUUGCGUGGCCACCACCACCUGCUCCGGCGAUCGUGAGCAUUGAGGAGGAAGAUAUUUUAGCCGCGAACGAAUUGGUUAUUCCUGUUCCACCCAAUAUGUUGAUCGGUAUACCCACUGAUGGACAUUUCACGGUGAGUGGCUUGCCGGACUUCGAUUCCGACAACACGCCGCACCGACAAAUGAUCAUGUUUAGCUUCGGUUGGACAGGGAAUAACGGCGCCGAGGCUGAGCUCGGGGCUAGCGACAGCCAAUUCGUAGACCCGCCAGUUAUGGACACGUCAUCGACGCCGCCGGAUUGGAUUAGUAUUCGAGUGAACGGCCAGUUACAUGCGCUGCCGUACGCCGCUCAAAAUGGUGAUCGCAUCGUGCUGCGUGUUCGUGCGCCCAGUGAGCCAAACUCGAGUAGAAUGGCACAGAUGCUCAUCGGAGAUUUGCAUCCGAAAGUUGUUCUCACUACGUUGGACAUUGCCGCGCCGCCAUCUCUCGAGGAGACUAUGGACGCGAUGGAACCGCCGGCGCCACCCAUGGUGUCACCACCGCCGCCGCGAGAGUUUACAUCGCCGCCGCCGCCGCGUGUUCUCACCGCCGCGCCGCCGUCGCCUCCGAUGCCACCAUCACCGAUUAGUGUAGUUGCUGACGACGAUGCUUCGUACUACGACACGGGCACGCCGAGUUCCACACCGGCACCAGCGGCCGAUGACGCGUCAUACUACGACACGGGCGCGCCAACGCCGACGGAUGACGACGCGUCGUAUUACGACACUAGUACGCCGAGUGCGACGCCAACGCCAACGCCAACGCCAACGCCGACGGAUGACGACGCGUCGUACUACGACACUAGUACGCCGACGACGCCAACGCCAACGCCAGCACCGACGGAUGACGACGCGUCGUAUUACGAUACUAGUACGCCGACGACGCCAACGCCAACGCCAGCACCGACGGAUGACGACGCGUCGUAUUACGAUACUAGUACGCCGACGACGCCAACGCCAACGCCAGCACCGACGGAUGACGACGCGUCGACGGACGACACGGCUUCGUCAAGUCCGACACCAGCGCCGACGGACGACACGGCUUCGCCGAGUCUGACGCCGGCGCCGACGGACGACACGGCUUCGUCAAGUCCGACGCCGGCGCCGACGGACGACACGGCUUCGCCGAGUCCGACGCCAGCACCGCAGCAGUCGCCGGUCGACGCCUUUGAACCGACGCCGGGUGCGCCGACGGAGAGCCUCGACGACGCCCCGCCAGAAAGUGACGACUCAUACGCUGACUUCGCGCCGGCGUCUGCGUACCCGUCGAGCGUGAACGGUACGUCUGGCUACCCGUCGAGCGUGAACACCACGACGCCGGACGCGACAUCGAGCGCGAGCGAGCCAGCUCUGCCAACGACCCCCCCGAGUCCGCCGCCGCCGCCGAGUCCGCCGCAGCCGCCGAGCCCGUCGCCGCCGCCGCUUCCACCGGCGCCUCCUGGAAUCGUUAACGUGCACAACGUCACCAUGCAAGCAGGUUCGAAAGCGGUGAUGUUCCAUCCACCAAAAACAGUUGAGACGCUGCAAUCGCCGAAUCAACCACUGACGCUGCACUUUAUGGAGAAUGGCAACGACGCUCAACUCGCGAGUUCUGGAUUGCCGUUGUGGACCGAAGUCUACGUCAACGGCGACUUGCAAGACGACGCCGACAUCACCUUGAGUAACGGUGAUCGUUUGCAACUUUUCGUCAAAGCUUCUCCAGCUCCCCUGGUUCGACGCGCCGCAUAUCUUUCAUACGGUCACAAGCAAUUCGUUCUCGACGUCACCACGGCGCAGACGAGCCCGCCACCCCCGCUUCCGCCGGCGGCGCCGCCGCCGCCGAACGACGUCAUCCUUGCACACGUCGCCGCGAAUCACCCGACACAGUGCACGUCGGCACAAGCGUACAAGUGGUCGACGUUGACUCAGAAUGAUCGAUCUACCGUGCCCAUGAACGCGUGGUGCUCGAGAAACACCACGUUUGGCGAGUUUCAGGCUCCGCUGUGCUCGCAUCAAACCGGGCGGGACAUCAUCAUCUUAGUCGACGCCAGCGAAGCCAUCGGUAGUGAGGUGUUCUAUGGGAAGAUGAUCGACAUGUUGCAUGAUUUGUACUGCACGAUCGAAGGCACGGGAUCGCAAGUCGGCGUUUUGCUACUCCCAGGAGCUGGCAACCCGUACGUGUGCGACGCCUACACGAGUUACAUUCCGUUGCAGCAGCACACGAGCGAGGACUUCCACGCGAGUUUAGAAAGGAUGCGAGCGGACGAGGGCGCGUGUUGCGGCCGAAGCGUGCCGUUGGCGCAAGGUUUGAAAGCUGCGAACGGAUUGUUCCGCGAUUUCGGCAUCUUUCCGCCGAAUGAGCGAAGCGUCAUCUUCGUCACGGCUUCGCACCCAUCGACGCCGGUGGAGUUCGAGACUUGUUUGAGCAUAAGUGUACCUGAAUUCCGUGACUUGACGCGAGAUCACCCCUUCAACGUGCUUCCGAGCGGUGAAGAAAUGACAACGUGCGAAUACAAGCUUCGAUCGGUGCCUGUCGCCGCGGCGGAACUGAAAACUGCCGGUGUUCGCGUUUCCGUCGUCACCGUUCCGGGCGCCGACGGCGCCGUCCCGUCGAGCGCGUACUACAGCGGCUCUCCGUGGCCGAGCAAAUGCACGGCGGACGGCCAGUGCGAAUUUUCUGCCCCGUACGGCGGCGAUCGCGGUCACUGGGGCUCGUGGUAUACCGACGCCAACGGUGACCUGACGCGCGACUACAACCCCGGACCCGAGCUCGCGUGCCAAAUGCGCGUCCAUCCCGGGACGCCCGUCGUCAGCAGGCCCGUGCUCGCCAACGCCUUGCGCGUCAACGCGUGGAACCCUCGCGGGUACGCCGACACUCUCGCUGUGGCCAUGUGUCCCGCGCCGCAGUGCUUACCCUCGAGCUUGUUCGGCUCCACGUUCGCCGACAACUGCGUCGGCGACGACGCGUCGAAUUGGGCCCAAACGCUCUCGUGCGUGCGCGGCGAAUCGUACUCCAUGUGCGACCGUCUCAUCCCUCGCACCGAGCGCUGCCACGCCGAAGUCCGAAGCGACCCCGUGGCCGUGGGCACCGUCAAUAACGUCACCGCCGUCAGCGUUCGCAUCCACUGCGAGCAACACUGCUCGGGCGAGCGCACGGACACGCACGCCAAGUCGAUUCGCGUCGUCUGCCCGCGCGGCGCCUCGUGCGACGGCGAAGUCAUCGGCGACGACGUCAUCACCGCCGUCGAGGCUCAGAGCGCGACGCCGCCGACCUCAUCGAACCAGUAACCAAACGACGAAACCACGAAACCACCCGUUUAGAAUCCCUGU